UUUAUGCACUCGCCAGGCAGAGUUGUCGAUUUUAUGGUAAAAGUGGACGGACGUUGAACUUAUUCAGAGUUCUAGUGAAACAGAUGAGGAUUUUUUAUUUUGCUCUUAUUCCUAAAUUUUAAUAAAUAUUUUUAUAUACAUCAUGUUCCUCUUCAGUACAUUGGCAUUUUGUUUUUCCACAUCUGUAAUAUAUGGUUUAGAUAAUGGAUUAGCAAGAACUCCGCCAAUGGGAUGGCUGUCAUGGGAACGCUUUGUAUGUAACAUUAACUGUGCAGAUGAUCCUGAGAAUUGUAUAAGUGAAAAGUUAUACAUGCAAAUGGCGGAUCGUAUUGUUGAUCUUGGGCUUAAGGAUGCUGGUUAUGAGUAUGUUAACAUAGAUGAUUGCUGGAUGGAAAAAGCUAGAGAUAAUUCAAGUAGAUUGACACCUGAUCCUACAAGAUUUCCAAAUGGCAUCAAAGCUAUUGCAGAUUAUGUACAUGCUAAAGGCUUAAAACUUGGAAUUUACACUGACUGUGGAACAAAAACAUGUGGCGGAUAUCCAGGAAGUUAUGAACAUUAUGAUACAGAUGCUGAAACAUUUGCUGAAUGGGGCAUUGAUAUGUUAAAAGUUGAUGGAUGUUAUGCUGAUCCUAAAGAAAUGGAUACAUUAUAUCCUCAAAUUACUACUGCCCUGAACAAAACUGGACGUCCAAUUGUCUUCUCAUGUAGUUGGCCAGCUUACCAAGUAGACUCUGGGAUGCAACCUAAUUAUGCUGCUAUUGCAGAGCAUUGUAAUCUUUGGCGAAAUUUUAAUGACAUUGAAGAUUCAUGGCAAAGUGUUCUAAGUAUAAUAGAUUUUUAUGCAACACAUCAAAAUGAUUUAGUUGCUGCUGCUGGUCCUGGACAUUGGAAUGACCCUGACAUGAUAAUAGCUGGCAAUUUUGGCUUAAGUUAUGAUGAAGCAAAAGCACAAUUUUGUUUGUGGGCCAUAAUGGCAAGUCCUUUACUCUUGUCAAAUGAUUUGAGAAACAUCAAACCAGAAUUUACAGAAUUGCUUACAAAUAAGGAAAUUAUUGCUGUCAAUCAAGAUCCACUUGGAAUGAUGGGGAAGCGUGUUUACAAUAAUAGUGGGAUUGAGAUAUGGAAGAGACCAAUCAGUCCAGAAAGCAAUGCUCAAUAUUCAUAUGCAUUAGUAUUCUUCAAUCGUAGAACACUAGGUGGCCCUGUUUCAGUUACUAUGCAAUUGUCUUCACUUGGAUUAAACAAUGAGUCAUGCUACUCAGUGUAUGAUGUUUUUAAUAGUUCCCAGCAUGAAAAAUUCUGUCCUCCAAACAACGUUACUGUAAAAGUGAAUCCAUCUGGAGUAACAAUGCUCAUUGCAAAGAUAUUUGUAUAAUUGUAUAGAACUAUAUUUCUGUCCUUUGAAAUAUUCAGAAAUGUAUGUGCUUGCUCAUUAUUCGGAGAUGUUUUGAAAGAGGAAAAAGCUGUGAAACAAUUUUAUAUUCAAAAUAAAAACAUAAUUAAGAUUGAA